AUGACGAGCCAAGAGGUGGAACGUGUCAUGCAAGAGUACAUGAAGGCUGGCCGUUCGACCUUUGAGAUUGACCGGCACUGGCUCGGACAAGCCCAGCCCGGAAUAAUCCUGACUCAAGACUUGUGUCUGGCCUGUGAUGCAAAUGCAAACUGCGCAAAGGCCCUGAUUCUGAAUCCCCGGACAAUCCAAGGCAUCAUGGAUACCGUUAUGGAUAUCGGGCGAGCUGCCGAUGCACACGACGCCGCCAACACCUUGGUUCUCGAAAUGAAGGAUCGCCUGCAACGUAUCCGCGACCUGGUGAGCGCGAAACCACGGCUUAAAGUCAUUUCCCUCGAAGGCGUGAAUCCUCUCGUCGGCGGAGGACACUGGAUUCCGGAGAUGAAGAUCUGGGCCGGUGGAUACGAUCCGCUCUUUGAGCCAGGCUGCAACGCGCGCAAGCUGGAAUGGAAGGAUAUUGUCAGCGCCAACCCAGAGGUCUUGAUCCUGUGUCCGUGUUCGCGGCGUGGCAAUCUCUUCCUCGUCGACCAUGCAAUCUAUUCGCGUCCUGGACCAAGAGUCGUCGAUGGCAUCGCCGCACUUGCAUUCAUACUCCAUGGCGUCGAAGUCGAUAUCCGGACACCCGUCCAUAUCAUGCGGCUGAAGCAAAGUGUCGUCGAAGCUGUUUUGACAGGCAGUGCCGAUGCCAUGGGCAGCUGGCGGGAUUGGUUUGAGGAUUUGCGUGUUGGUAGUCUCUGA